GGUGAUCCCAGCUCAGGUAUACACCUGUCCAUGUGCUGUAGUCAUUCUCUUGAAUAGUUGGUUCCAGAAAGCAAGUCAAGGUUCUUAUUCUCUGCCGCUGUGAGUCAUGUUGUACAUAGAGUUGAUCAGGCUGUGGGAUGAAGCUGUGGGGUUAAUAGACGGUCGGGACUGGCAGGGUGCUCUCACUAAACUCAAUCAGAUCACCGAGCACAACUGUCGCACUCUGUUUACGGUUGCAUCGGUUCAUAUUGCCCUUGGCCAGGUGGACAUGGCUAUUAAGGCUCUGGAUCAGGUCAUCGCAAAGGAUCAGUGUCUUGCUGUAGGGUUUUUUCAGAGGGCUGCUGUUCACACGAUGGCGAACAGACUUGAGGAGGCACUGUCCGAUUGUAUAUGGGCUCAGAAAUACAUGAGAGAAAACCCUGUUAUUGACUACAAACAGCUGGGUCUUCGAUAUAAAAUGUACAGCUGGCAGGUCCUUUAUAACGCAGCAGCAGUUCACUCUAGACUGCAGCAAUGGGACAAAGCAAAUGAGAUCUUACAGGCGGCCUCACAAGAGAGGGGAGUAGGACGGAGCAACCUAGUGGACACAGCUCUAGAGAAAGUUUCUAAGAGAGAGGUUUUGACACCUCUUCUUGUUCCAGAGGGUGAAGUGUUUCGUCCCAGGAAGCAGGAGGUCGAGCAGCUUAAACCAAGGAACUUCCUGGGUGAAGCAAAGGUCAUCACUUCUUUGAUUCCAAAUGAUGACUUCAGAGGCUUCGAUCCUCUCAGACCACAGACUCCUGGAUACUAUGAGCCAAAGGUAGAAGGCCAGAACUCGCGUUACAUGACGACAACAAGUGCAUAUGUAGCUAAAGGGGCAGGAGAGCUAACAGUGCCUGCUGGCGCACAAGUGUUUGUCCACAGUCUUGAUGACAGGGAUGGACUGGCAAUAGUCAUAUAUGAUGGAAAGAGAGGUCUGUUUCCCAAGUUCCUGCUUGAACCAAGAACCAAGAAAAACAAGGACAAAAACAAGCGGAUUGAGCUCGCCAAUGGCAUUCCACACCCUCCUGCAUUAAACCCCCCAAAUCGACCCCAAGGUCUAGCCCAACCUCGACCAGAGUUGCGCCCCUCCAGUGCCAGUGCUGCCCACACAACUCCUCCAAUGAGCAACAGCUCCACCCACGUCCCUGCCCAGCAGGCCCAAACUUCAGCCCAGGAGCAUGGAUCAGUCAUGGUGAAGGUACACUACAAGUACACAAUGGCCCUUAGAGUCCCUUUAGAAACUUCUUUCCGAGAUCUGCAGGAGAAAGUCGCUCGGAAAUUAGGACAGCCUGCGACGAACAUUCGCCUUAGACAUAAAAAGGAUGGCACCGCAAUACUGACCCCACUGGAUGGAGAUAAAGGACUCAACAGCCUUGAAGACGUGAUUGAAUCGGGACGUGCCACAAUUUGGUGUCAGUCUGAAGACCCUCUGGCCAACAGAACCAUUAUCUAUCAGAUGGUGGCACUGUAUGACUACACUGCACAAGGCCUUGAAGACCUGGAAUUCAGUGAAGGGGAUACACUUGACAUUCUCAGUGAAGUGAAUGAGGAAUGGUUAGAAGGGCACACUGCUGGAAAUAUUGGCAUCUUCCCCCGAAGUUUUGCUCAUCGGUAAACAGCAUUAGUGUUGCCCCUUUGGUUUGGCCCAUGUCAAUGUUUGAAGCUCUGAAAGCUCUCCUCGGGAUCCUUGGUCAAGCACAUCAACUGGGCACAACUAGAUAAACCGCAAGCCUUGGGUACACAAGGUCACGGGUUCGAAGGCAAUGUUGCGAGUGUUGUGUUUAAACGCAAAGUCUAGAAUUGCAUUUCAUUCUCUGUGAUUUGUCUUCAGUUUGAUUUCAUUCUCACCUGGUCUUCAUAUGCAAUUUACUUCUGAGGUACGUUUGAUAUCUGCAUUUUUUUGCUCUUGUUGCCCUGUGGUGUGCUCUCUUUGCCUUUUCAGUUCAUUCUCAACUCUACUUUCAAACAUAUCUGUUUUUCACAUACAUGUGGUUCCUCUAUCUGUGCACUGUCAUAGCGGCACCUUUUCUGAUUGGUGCGUGUCGUUACUCGCAACUCUGUCAGCUUUGCUCAGCAGCCUUGUUGCAACGUUCACUUGAGUGGCGUGAUUUGCUAAACUGCAAAAGUGAAGUCUUUGGAAUCCCAUGAAGUUGUGUAUGUUGAACUUGUGUCUUCUUAGUUCAUUCUAAUAUUUUUUCUCAAUGUGAUUGUUUGUACCACAAGCCCACUUUUCUUCUGGGGGUGUGUUUGAAUCUGGUGUGUUAUCUUCCAAGAAUGCAAGAGGUUUUGUGAAGAGAGUUUUAUGUUUAUGUAUGCGUUAUAUAAAGUGUUUUAAUUGUCAUGUCAUGUAUACAUGUUUGCUCUUUCCUGCACUUGUUUGUUCAGACAUCUUUAUAUGUCGUUUCAAUGUUGUCAAGCAAUGAACUAGAGAGCAGAGUGUUAUUAUAUGUUAGUGGAGUUUCAGUAUUGUCAAGCAAUUUCUCUGUUGUCAAGCAAUGAACUAGAGAGCAGAGUGUGAUUAUAUGUUAGUGGUGUUUCAGUAUUGUCAAGCAAUGAACUAAAGAGCACAGUGUGUUUAUAUGUAAGUUGUGUAAGUUAAUAAACACCACAAUUUUA